AUGGAUGACCCCUAUCACAACAACGUGAACCAGCAGAUGACAGAAGGUGGGGAAUACACCUACACCCAGGAUGGAGGAGGCCAAGAUGGUUACCCUUAUCAAACGGACUACCCUCCACAGGACGAGGAUGCUCGUAGUGAUGCCACAGAGGGCGCAGAUGAAGAUGAGCAGAUGUACGAAGGGGAGUACCAAGGCAUCCCCCAUCCCGACGAGAUCAAGGAGGCACGGCGAGCAGCUCGGGUGGAGGCCAGGAGGAAAGCCCGUCAGGCUGCCCAGCAGGAAGAGGAGGAGGAGAGCUUGCCAGAGCAGUAUGAGACCAUCAUGGAGGACUGCGGCCAUGGACGCUUCCAGUGGACGCUGUUCUUCGUGCUGGGCUUGGCGCUAAUGGCUGAUGGAGUAGAUGGCUUUGUGGUGGGCUUCGUCAUGCCCAGUGCUGAGAAGGACAUGUGCAUAUCCAACUCUGACAAAGGACUGCUAGGGCUGCUGGUGUAUGUGGCCAUGAUGGUAGGGGCGUUGGUGUGGGGGGGUCUGUGCGAUAAGAUGGGCAGGAGGAAGUGUCUGAUCUACGUCCUGACCAUCGACCUGGUCUUCUCUUUCCUGUCCUGCUUUGCUCAGGGCUAUGGCUUCUUCCUCUUCUUCAGGUUCUGCUCCGGCUUUGGAAUUGGCGGCUCCAUCCCGAUAGUGUACACAUAUUUCACUGAGUUCCUGCAGAUGGAUAAACGCGGAGAACAUCUGAGCUGGCUCUGCAUGUUCUGGAUGCUGGGAGGCCUGUACGCCUCCUUCACCGCCUGGGGAAUCAUCCCUCACUAUGGCUGGGGCUUUGCCAUUGGUACAGAGUUCCAGAUCCACAGUUGGAGAUUAUUCAUUCUGGUGUGUCUCUUCCCCGCGCUGGCUGCACUUGUCGGCGUCAUCUUCAUGCCGGAGAGCCCUCGUUUCCUCCUGGAGAGUGCCCGACAUGAUGAGGCAUGGAUGAUUCUGCGACAAGUUCACGACACUAACUGGAAGGCUAAGGGGGAGCCAGAGAGAGUCUUCACUGUGACCAACAUUAAGACACCACAGACUCAGGAGGACGAGUUCAUCGAGAUCCAGAGCGACACUGGAACUGCCUUCCAGCGCUGGACCGUCAGACACGUGACCAUGCUGCAACAGGUGAUGGCUAACAUCAUGUCACUAGCAGCGCCGGAGCUCAGACUGCAAGGCCUCUUCCUGGUGAUUGUCUGGUUCUGCUUGGCAUUCAGCUACCACGGGCUGGGAGUGUGGUUCCCUGACAUGAUCAAAUACAUGCAGUACGAGGAGUACGAGUCCAAGGUCAGAGUGUUCCACCGGGAACGGGUCGAACGUUUCCACUUCAACUUCUCUCUCGUCAACCAGAUCCACCGCGAGGGAGAGUACAUCCAUGACAAGUUUGCAAACAUUGAGAUUAAGUCUGUGAAGUUUGAAGAUUCUCUGUUUGAAAACUGCUACUUUGAGGAUGUCAAGUCUACCAACACCUUCUUUGAGAACUGCACUAUCAAAAACACCGUCUUCUAUAACACAGACCUCUGGCAAGAAAAGUUUAAAGACUGUCGAAUGGAGAACACCACCUUCCUCCACCCAAAGAAAGGCUGUCAUCUAAACUUCCAGGAGGAAAACGACAUUGUCAUCUACAUGGUCAGCUUCCUGGGCAGUUUGGCUGUGUUGCCAGGCAACAUCCUGUCAGCCUUGUUCAUGGACAAGAUAGGAAGAAUCCGAAUAAUAGGUGGUUCUAUGUUGGCGUCAUCUGCCUGCACUUUCCUGUUGCUGCUAAGUUUCAGUCAAGGAGCUGUUAUAUGUUGGCAAUGUCUCUUCUAUGGUGCCAGUGUGGCGGCCUGGAAUGGACUCGAGGUCAUCUCUGUGGAAUUAUACCCCUCCUCUAAAAGAGGGACAGCGUUCGGUAUCCUGAAUGGGAUCUGUAAGUUUGCUGCCAUCCUCGCAUCCUUCAUCUUCGCAGCCUUCAUUGGCAUCACCAAGAUCAUCCCAAUCUUCCUGGCCUUCGCCGCCCUCGUCUGUGGAGGUCUGUUAGCUCUGAAGCUGCCCGAAACCCGGGAGAAAAUCCUCUCUUGA